AUGGGAUUUAAGAAAGGGCGUGCUGCACGUGCAGCAGCUGAGCGAGCGGCUGUUGCGAAUUCAAAGCCUUUAAAUAUUCGCCACGACUGCACUUCCAUGGUGACGUAUGACGCUCCAAACGGUUCGUCCUACACCAUCGACGUGGAGUUGAUGAUUCAGAGAAACCCGAGCAAGGGCACCAGCCGAAACGUCCACCGUCACCGGGGGCAUGUGGGACGCUGGACGAUGUGGCAGUACGAAGCCGAGAGGGCCGAAGGCCGCAACUACACGCACUCGAAGACCACGCUGAUCCAGUACCCCAAAGAGGUUUGCUUCGCCCUGGAGGACCGCUACCAGGCACUGCGCGCACUGCAAGCGAAGGCUUCACAGCUCGGAGAGCCGGUGAUGGACCGCCAGCGCGCAACGGAUGCCUGGCGCCUGAG